CGUCGACAAAAACGCACACGUAACCGUACGCGGACAGCCGAGAGUCGUGUAGUCCAUGCGCCCAACUACAAACCGUGUUACGUAACGCGUGGUGCGCGGCGUGUGGUGUGCGUGGUGCGUGGUGCGCGGCGCGUAGAGCGGGACGCGUACAGUGCGUAUUAUAUCGUGUGGUGUGCGCCCGGUCACGUGUGGUAUACGUGCAGAUGAUGAACCACGCGUAGCUGCAACCGCGGCGGUCGCCGUCGUCGGACCGGACCGGUGCCGGUGGUGACCGCGACCGUGAUCGUGCAACGCCGGCAUGGAACGGAAACGGAGCGGCCGGCGGUACUACAACAAGCGGAAAAAGACGUGGACGCAACAGUGCAAGGACUACCUGCGGCAGUUCAUAGCGUUCCUGUUCAGCAACAUCGGCAUCAUUUGCCUGGUGGUCGGUUACACGAUCGCCGGAGCGUUCAUGUUCAUCUUCAUCGAGGGCGCGCCCGGCAACGCGAUGGCUGUCAUCGACCGGGUAGGCGCGAACCGCAGUGGCACGGCGGACCGGAUCUGGGACAUGGUGUGCUGCAACGCGUACUGUGAAGACGAGUGGAAGCAAGAAGUGCAGGUGCACCUCCGGUCCUUCCAGAGCCACGUAAUCGAGGCCGUCCGCAAUUUCAGUUACGAGGGACCCAACAAGCAGAUGACCCGAUGGUCGUUUUCCGGAUCGUUCCUCUACUCGCUGUCCGUCAUCACCACUAUAGGCUACGGCAACGUGACUCCGCGGACGCUACUGGGCAAGCUGGCGACCAUAUUGUACGCGAUAGUGGGCAUGCCGUUGUUUCUGUUGUAUCUAUCCAACAUCGGUGACAUACUGGCCAAGAGCUUCAAGUGGAUAUACGCGAAAUGCUGCCUAUGCCGGAACUGCAAGAAACGCCGAAAGCGCAUGUUGGCCAUACAGCGAAAGGAACAGUGGAAGAUGGAUAUGCGAGACUUCAAACUGAACACCGGCGUGCUUACUGAGGGCGAGGAAAGCGACGACGAGGGCACGACCGACGGAAGUUCCUCGUUAAGCUUCAACGACACGCAAGAGGUUACCGUGCCCAUCUCUUUGUGUCUAACCAUAAUGGUCGGGUAUAUAUCCGGAGGCGCCAUACUGUUCUCGAAAUGGGAGUCCUGGGAGUUCUUCGAUGGGUCAUACUUCUGUUUCAUAUCACUGAGCACGAUCGGAUUCGGCGACUUCGUGCCGGGCAACAGCAUCACCGGCACUGGCACCAAUCCCAGCAGCGGCACCACUGGAAUCCGAACUAGCGCCGGCACCGUCAUCGAGCUCAGCUUCAUAUUGUGUUCCAUGUACUUAAUGCUGGGCAUGGCCCUUAUUGCCAUGUGCUUCAACCUGAUGCAACAGGACGUCGUGAUGAAAAUCCGUACGUGCACGGACAUUGUGCGGAGGAUCAGCAGGUGUAAAAACUGAUCCACGUACCGUUGACGAAGUACCGAAAUCGUGGCGUUCGAUGUCACACUAUUACAUAAUUUACGUAUAACCCGUCCAGUUCAUCUUGACACGUGAAAUAAGUUACGAUGAUUAAAAAAAGUAAAUUAAAAAAUUAUUGAUUCGGAAAUUGCAAUAGUUUUUUUUCAAUAUAAUAAAGUUUUUGGACCAAUGCUUUUUUUUAAAAAAUCUUAACAACUGUCGAGUGCCAAGAUAAACUGGGCAGGUUAUACGCGGUUCGUGGCAUAAUCGUGUCAUUAUCGAGCCGAAUAAUGAUCUGUAGUCAUAUUAAGCAUCACACGGCUGACUCGACUUUUCGGUGAACGUCAGCACCGAUUUUCGACCUAGAGGUUCAUGCAAUUUUUCCUGCCAUACCUGCGUGUUCUUGUACGCCGACAAAAACGGAACGGAUGCCGGGUUAGGUUUAACACAUUUUUUUAUUAUACUAUUUUUAGAUUUUUGUAAUGUAUUUCAACUUAUUUUUUUUCUCCCGUUUUAUUUUGUUCCACUUAUCCCGUUCGCGUAAAUAAAAGUCAUUAUUAUGUUUUACCUUAUGAGUUGGGUUUUAGUUUGCCGCGAGAAAUUAACAGUCUGACCAGCGUACUUUGAAACAGAAACACAUUUAUCUUAACGUCAUAGGACAGGUAAUCUCAUACACACUCCACCAUUACGGUAAAACCGUGCGGUUUUCAUUUUCUGCGUGUUCCCGUGGUCUCGUCUAAAGUCUACCCUUGUAUAUAUUAUUAUUAUUAUUAUUAUUAUUACAAUAUUUCCGUGUAUAAUUCAUUACUAGAAAAUGCGUUAUUAAGUGAGCUGCCGGCCCGAAUACGUACCGUUCGUGUGCAUGACAAAACAGAAGACAUCUCGCUUGUCUCAAACACCGACCAAAAUUACAAUACAAUUAUUAACGACAAUAAUAUUAUGCAUUUAUUAUGUACACCUGUAAAUCCAUUACGAAUUCAUAUAUUGUAUCGCUAUGUUAUUUUCGAUAUUUAUUACAGAUUAUUAUUAAGGUA